GUGCACUUAGCACGCGCGCGCGUCGGGUAAGUUGUAUGUAGACCGAUCGUGAUUGAACAAGAACGUUUAAUUUUCGAAAAUUCUAGCUGUCAGUAAUACUUUCACUGCUUGAGAAGUCUUCUUGAAAUGCCCUUGGAUCGCCAAAUGCCAAGAGUUUAAACAGGAGUGGCAAGCUGUAGUACAUUAAGAACAACAAGGUUUUAUUACAUGUUGUGGAAGACAUGUUAAGGGGUACUCAGUCCGCUCUAACCAAGAAGUUCUUUAGGGUUUGAGAAAUGACAGUACCAAGCCUAACAAAUCGACAUUUUACGUCCAAACAGGUGACUUCCCAACAUACAUAGUCAAACCCGUCUUAUUGGUGAACGGAUUCAUCUCUCGUGCUUUUCCUUUUGAGUUAUCACCAGAUGGCAGUUUCUCGAAAUAAUCUAAAUUGCAGUGGGUCAUUCUCGUCACCAACGUUCACCAGGCCUUUAAAAGAUGUAUACAUUGCCCUAGGAGAGCCUGUCACCCUGGAGUGUUGCGUACGAGGCUAUCCUAUCCCACAUGUCUGGUGGGAGCGGUCAGGUCGUAAAAUAGGUUCCUCUAGGCAAUUACACAUAGAGCGUUCAGGAGAGAAGUGUCGAUUACACAUAAAAGCCACCAGUGAAAAUGAGAAAGGAAAGUAUUGUUGUGUUGCCAGCAAUAAAGCCGGAUCCUCACAGACAAUGGCGACUGUUUUUCUUAACGAGAGAAAUACGUCGGAGUCGACAUCUUCACCUCAUUGUAAGAAGAACCGCGAUUCUGAAAAAUGUUCGACUUUACCACAUGGUGGUCGAAACGAAUGUUCUGUUACAUCAAGUCGAGCUCUUUCACCUGUUAAACCUACCCGGACGCCUUCGCCAUGUGGAUUAAGAAAUAAACCAGUUUGUGAGCCUUCAUCACCUAGUUCUUCUAAGCCAUUAGUUUCAUUUCAACGGGUACAAAAAGCUGACAUCACUCCAACAAAAUGUCCAAAUAAUGUGCCGGAGCACAAAGAGCGAAUUUCCCGCACGAUCCACAGAAGUGAAAAUUUUAUAAACUUGGCUAAACAGAAAAAGGCCAUUGAAAGUACCGGUCCAGCACCUAGCGCCACCUCUCGAGUGAAGUCUGAUAAAGAUUCUGGCAAGUCAAAGUGUACGUCUGUGCUUGAAGUAAGGUUUUCUCCAUCAAAAAUGGUACCCAUAAGUAAAACAAAUGAUUUUUCUUCGCAAACUCGUUCAAAGAUUUCCACUGUUGCUCUGAAUAAGGUGUCAGUGAGAGGACCUGUUCCGUCCAAUAAAUCCUCAAGCAUUUCUGUCACGCCAAAAAUAUAUACAAACAAUAUGUCCACUUCUAGUAAUUCAGAUAAUAGUUCUGUGUCAUUCAGCAAAUCAUCGCCUUUGGGGCCAUCUAAUAAAAUAACGAAGCCAACAGUGAAACUAAAAACGUUGCAUCCUUCUACUGGAACUUUAUCAAAACCAUUGACUACUUCUUCAUCGAGAAAACCACAAUCAAUUCCCAUUAUAACGAAUACCCCCAAACAUUCUGAUGCACAAAACAAGUCUAAAACUUUUUUAAAUUCCAGCAAACCAUGCUCUUCUGUGGCUUCAGAAAAACUAGGUAUUCCUCAGAAGACGAAAAAACCUUCUGGAAACUUCCAACAAUCAGCAACUUCUGCUAUUAAACCGACCACUACUUCAACAAUCAUGCAUUUAGCAAGGACAAAAAAUGUUUUCCCUGCAGAAUGUAGGGAAAAAUCAUCUCAUUCUAACUUAAAUACUUCUAGGCUACAGAAACCUGAAGAAAAUGAUUCAAUCAGCAAUCCACAGAUUACCAAAUUUGCUUCAUUAGGUAACGCUUCCUCACGUAAACCUUCAAACACAAUGCAUAUUAACGAAAAGAAUGCAACUGACUUCGCUACGGUCAAAGUACCCAAAAAUAUAGAUAUCCUGCAAAGUUCAGCUAAUCUUUCAUUGGAUGAUUCUUCAAAAUGCUUAAAUGAAAGAAAAAAUGUUUCUGUAGACCAUAUCAAUAAUAUUGAAAAUAGAAAGAAAUCAAGUGUUUCUUUUUCAAUAAUACCCGAAAAAACUUUGGUGGACAGAAAAAACAUCCAAGAAUCUUCUGGUGCAACAGAAUUAGCAAAACAUUUCAACUUUGGUCCCACUUCUUCGGUUGAAUCAAAAGCAAACACAAAAGGUUCAUAUAAUUUUCAAGUUGAAGAUUCAGGGAGAAUGAAAAACAAGCUAAAUUCAUCUGAAUCUACUUCAGAUGAAAUUUCAAAAAAUAUAACAAAUAAACGUAACGAAAAUGACUCUGCUUCGGUUGAUUUUACAAAAUCGAAAACAGCAGUAUAUGAGUUACGAAACUGUUUGUCAGAUGAAUCCGUAAGAAUGAGAACGGAUAAAUACAACUUGCAUGACUUUUCAUUAGAUGAAUUUGUGAAAAUGAAAACAGACAACAACAAACCUAUCUUGCGUAACUCUUUAUCAAGUGAAUGUAUAGAAGUAAGCGCAAAUAAACUCAACUUGCAUGAUCCUGUACUAGAUAAGCCUGUUAAAAAAGCAGCUGAAAACAAGUGUAACGCCUACAACUUUUCCUUUGACUUGGAAAUUGAAAAUAAACCCAAUUUACCAAAUUCUUCUGUAAAAGAAUCGUCAAAAACAAUAGAAAGCAAGCAGGGUUUGCAUGAAUCGUCUUUAGAGGUGCCAGAAUUAAAGCCUCUUCUUGAUGACAGAAACACAACCAUCGAACACGAUCCUGAAUCCAAGCCUAACCGCAAAAUGACAAAUUCUUCCUCACCAUUAACUAAUGACUUGGUUUCGAUCUCUUCUUCGGGAGUCAAAAAUAUAGUAUCAGGUACCUCACCUUCCAAUAAGAAUAGCAUCAAUAAAUCUAAAGGAUCACCCAAGGUCCCUUCCACGUUACCAACAACUUCCUGGCUGAUGUCCGGGCCUUCAAAAUCUUUUUCACAAUCAACGUCUUCCAUCCCUAACUAUUGUAAGAGUUUUUCUGUAUCUGCUCCAGCAACACCAGUAUGUGAGAAUUGGAGUUUUCCUGGUCAAAGCGAGGUUAGCGAGAUCAGCGUCGCACAUCCGAGUGUACUCACCAAACACUCCUCUCAACACAGCAUUCGAAGACGUCCUAAAGCUCCCGAAUUUCUUCUCCCUCCAAGGAGCAAAGUAGUCAACGAGGGAGAAGGUGUGAGGUUUCUUUGUUCUGCUGUAGGGUGUCCAGAACCAACAGUGGUCUGGCAGUAUAAUGGAAGAGAUCUUAGCUCAGGAGAUAGCAUUACUGUCUCCCAAAAAGAGAGUCUCCACACCUUGGAGAUCCGCCCAGUAAAAGCUCAAGAUGCUGGAAAAUACGUUGUAAAAUUAAAGAAUUCGUUGGGAACGGCAGAAGCAUUUGCAUAUUUGGAAGUUAGGGUCUUAGAGGAAACCACAACACCUCCAAAAGUAAUACGCCCACUGAAUGACGGAACUGCUGAAGACGAGAAGCCCUAUACGCUGUCUUGCGAAGUUACCGGCGCUCCGCCGCCCUCAGUCCGUUGGUACAAGGACGGAAAACCGCUGAAGCAGAGCCUAGAUUUCAAACUUAUCUUCGACGGGCAGACGGCCACGUUGGCUAUCAAAGAAGUUUUUCCCGAAGACGAGGGAGAAUAUGAAUGUGUUGCCAAGAAUAAUGAAGGCGAGGUUAAAACCUCCUGUAUCCUUAUGGUAAAAGAAAAUUUCGAAGGCCUUCAGCAGGUGGCUGGAGAGGGAGAACCACCAGUUUUCACCCAAACUCUAGAAGAUCUGGAAGUCAUAGAUGGCGCUUCUGUCACUUUAACUGUUCACGUCAAAGGCACGCCUCCAAUCGAAAUUACCUGGGUUCAUAAUUAUCAAGAAAUCAAAAACUGCAGUGACUUUCGCUAUGUUUCGUCACCAGAUGGCACAACACACACCCUAGUCAUUGCUGAUAUAUUCCCCGAAGACGCUGGACUUUAUACCUGUGAAGCAUAUAAUGUUUACGGAGAAGAAGAAACAAGUUGUAAACUGUCAGUUAAAGAUCGUUUUACUGAAAAUGGACACGCCUCCAAUCAGGAAUGUGCUUUCUAUUCACCAGAACUUUCAACUGAGAUGCAUGACAAGACCACUAACGGCGUCAGGUCUCCUCGAACCUCCACACCGAGGAAACCAGUGAACGACGUUGGUGAAAAAUCACAGUCGGUUGCCCCUCAAUAUAAGGAACCUCCAAAACGAAAUGAUUCGAAAGCUUUAAUAAAAACGGCUGUGUACAGGACGGAGAGUGGGCGAAUCAGACAACGCCCUCCAGCGGAAGCUAAUGGAAAUUUUGAAGCAGAUCAAGAAAUAGAAUGCUUCCCUCCAACGGUCAACAGAUCUGGCAGGUCAAAAGUAACUGCUUUUCCACGACUAACUCCUGCACAAAUUCUAAAGGGGCCCCAAAGUGUAGCAGUACUUGUUGGAGACACAAUUACCUUACGGGCUCAUUUUGUUGGCUCCCCACCCCCUUCUGUCACGUGGAUAAAAGGGGGUAAGAUUCUAAAGACUGACGAAAGGAAGACAAUAGAACACCACGAGGGACUAUCUGUAGUGACCAUUAAGGAUUUGGUUGCUGAUGACAGCGGAAAAUACGUGGUUGCUGUGGAGAACAGUGGAGGAUCAGACUGUCAUUUUGCAUCAGUUGCUGUUGAAGGUCCACCUGACCCUCCGGCAGGUAAACCCAACGUUUCUGACGUCACCAGUCACUCGUUAGUUCUCAGCUGGUACGGGUCUACCUUUGAUGGGGGCAGUAUCAUUACUGGCUACAUUGUAGAGAUGUGUACUCUACCGGAUAAAAAGUGGAGUAGAAUUACAGCAGCUUGUCACAGCACUUCCUAUGUUGUCAGGGAUCUACUUUCAGAACGUCGUUACGCUUUUCGAGUUUGCGCCGAAAAUGUGCACGGCGUGAGUGAGCCCAGCAAACAAUCGGAUCCCGUAUUUAUUACCGAAAACCUAGAAAUGGAAGACGAAGAAGAUUUCAAACCUCUGAAUUAUGCAGAAGUUCAAAUUGAAGAAGGUUGUGGAUUUUAUGAAUAUUUUGAUCUGAAAGAAGAAGUCGGAAAAGGGCGCUUCGGAACUGUUUAUCGAUGCAUAGAAAAAUCAACGGGAAUAGAACGCGCAGCGAAAAUAGUCCGUUGUGUUAAGUCAAAGGAUAAGGAAAAGGUGAGGGAAGAGAUUUACGUCAUGAACAAGUUACGUCAUCCAAAGCUACUUCAGCUAACUGCUGCGUAUGAAAACACAAAAGAAACAGUAUUAGUCAUGGAAUAUAUUUCUGGUGGAGAACUCUUUGAGCGAGUAAUAGCGGAUGAUUUUGUGCUGACUGAGAGAGACUGUAUUUUGUUUAUGCGACAAAUUUGUGAUGGUGUUCGUUACAUGCACGACAACAACGUAGUUCACUUAGAUCUGAAGCCGGAGAAUAUUCUCUGCAAGACACAAACCAGCCAUCAAAUUAAACUGAUUGAUUUUGGACUGGCUAGGGAGUAUUCGCCUAGUGGAGACCUUCGAGUUUUAUUCGGAACCCCAGAGUUUGUAGCUCCAGAAAUCAUAAGCUACGAACCUGUUAGUCCAUUUAGUGAUAUGUGGAGUGUAGGAGUAAUAUGUUAUGUACUCUUAUCGGGUCUUUCACCAUUCAUGGGAGAGAACGAUGCUGAGACUUUUACGAACAUCACCAAGGCAGAGUUUGAUUUUGAAGACGAAGCGUUCGAUGCCAUAACCCAAGAUGCCAAGGAAUUCAUUUCUCAAUUGUUGAUCAAACGGCCAAAUAAGCGAUUGACUGCCGAACAGUGCUUAUGUCACAAAUGGCUCAAACUGGAGGAUCGAAAGACGAAAACUGUACAGCUGCCUACAGAUAAACUGAAAAAGUUCAUAAUCCGACGAAAAUGGCAGAAAACAGGUAAUGCAAUUCGAGCCUUAGGUCGCAUGGUAACGCUGAGUGGAGUUAGCGCGUCCCGAUCAUCCGUGGGAAGUAGCUCUGGUUAUCAGAGCAGCUACGGAAGUCUCAGUGACAGCGAAAGUUCUUUAUCUUCGGUGUUUUAUCCUUCUAAAACUAUCAAGGAAAGUGUUGCUCCUUGGAUCAUAAGAGAACAGGAGGAAGAGGAAGCUUACUUCAGUGGAGACAACUACACAAAAGAUGCUGAUUUCACGGACUCACAACGUGGAAGUAAAUCUGUGAAUGGUGAAAAAACCUCGGUACGAAUGAAAAAGACUUUAGACCAAACACUUCGAAAAGUUAGGCCUAAAACUGACGGAAAAGAUUCAUCUUCUUUCGAAGCUCCUUAUUUUAUUAAGAAAUUAAAAAAGGAAGUACAGGUUCGUGAAGGUGGGCGUAUUCGUCUUCAGGUACAAGUGGAUGGGAAUCCGGAACCCAGUGUCGCAUGGUUCGUUGGUGACAAACGCAUUGAUGCGGACUCAAGGCACAGAGAAUACCGCCUGUCAAACGGCGUGUAUACUUUAGAGAUUGAUAAUUGCUGUCAGACUGAUCGUGGCGAGUACAUUUGCGUAGUGAAAAACAACAUGGGCGAACAGAAGUGUCGUGGAUCUUUAACCGUCCUAAAAAGAUGAUAUGAUGUAUGUAAUGUAUCAACAUUGAAGUAUAGAAUUUGCCAACUUUGUUUCUUAUAAACAUUGUAUUGUACAUGUUUUAUUUAUAUAAAGGGUUUAAUAUUAUUAUCAAAUCUCCCAAUGCUAAUCUUAUAUAAAACGUCUCUUCACAGUGAUAUUUUCGUACUGAUGAUAAUGAAUAGCUGUGUAAGUUGGAGUGAAUUACCUUAUCUAAUCACAGGUACACUCCAGUCUCUGUCAGCAUAGUUGUUUUCUAUAGGACAGUGUCAUUUGUGAAAUGUAAGAUCAGUUUAAUAAGACCAAAACAACUAAAAUGGUUAAAAACAAGCCACUAAAAGACGGUUUGUCGUUUCGUUGAUGUUAACGUCAACACCAACCUUGUGUAACUUUGUGGUAAUUUUUAUCCCACUUUAGCUGUUUUGGUUUUAUUAUUGAUUUUAUAAUGGGGUAUCAACAUAGUGAGUAUUUCGAAGUGAAUAAAAAAGGCUUAACGAAAGAAAAAAAAAGAUAAGUAGAUGCUUAUAUCAGAUACCUGCUAUAUGUCGUUAUGGAAAUAUCAGUGUUUAAAAUACCUGUUGGGUAUAUUCCUCUUUGGAUGAUCAGUAUCAUGGAAGAAUAUUUCAAAAUGGACUGUGUGUAUAGAGUAAUUGGUUAAUCAUUAAAUAGAUCCGUCAGUGCAGUACCAUGUGACCUUAUGUAUAAAUACAGUACCACAUAAUGCCAGUAUUCACAUAACUUUUAAAAUCCAGUACGGACAAAAAAAAAGUCCAAAUAAAGCCAGUUUAAGUCCAUAUUGUUAAAGCCAUUAAACUAUUCAGCUUGCACGGAAGAUAUUUUGUAUUUUAUCUAAGUUAUGGUUGAAACUACAUAUUUCCUUUUUCUCUCUCUCUGUCUUUGAAGAAGAUGUAUGUUUUUUUUUUCAUGUGCCAAAAGGAAAACAAGAUAAACGAAAGUGUAAAUUAUAUAAGAUGAAGCAGGUCAGAAAAUAAAUCUUUGAUAGUUUUCGGUAAGGAUUCUAGUUUUAUGGCCCAAGCCAGUGAUUCGUUCGAUGUUAAAGAUAUAGAAGGUAUCGUAAGUUCAUAUUUGGUUUUUUGGCUUUGUGCAUAAUUUUUAAGGAAACAUUACUUUUUUUUUUCCUGUUUUAAUAUAAGGCCUUUAAUGAAAGUGUAUAAUAACUGAGUGUUUCCGUGAACACUCUGACUUGCUUUGCUUAUUUAUUUAAAAGUUCAAUGUAAGAGUGUAUAAAUACCUUCUCUAUUUGGGAUAAGUCAAAAGAAAUAUUAUUCAAGAAUGUAUUUUUAUAGCGUGGAUAACGAGUUAUCAGGCGAUAUAAUUUUAUAUGUAAAACCUGGUACGAGAAUCUAUAUUUUCAUUCCACGAACGUUAUAGGAAGAAAAAUAAACACUGUCGUUUGUGAGAUAUGUGAAAAGAUUUAAUUUAACCGGUCAUUAUUCCUAACUAUCGCAAGUUUCGGUACAAUGUCGUUUAUGAAUUCUCUUGUAUCAUAUAUAUCUUGUAUUGUAACACUAAAUCUUUAUCUUUACAUAAAACUAUUAAAUCAGAA